AUGGAAGUCUGGUGUCGCUUCCACAUUGAACUACGUCAACUUAACUGAAGCUUUGGAUAACAAAUCUCCUGAUUUGGUGCCUUAUCCAAAUUGGGAGGCUAACAAAUUGCCUUCUUCUGGCCAAGGAGAUGACACCACACCUAGUUCCGGCGAAAGUUCAUCUAAUGGACUCGUCGAUAAUUCAACAAUUAUUUCGACCUUCAGGGUACGCGUGGAUGAAUGCGACAGAUUGUGGGUGAUGGACUGUGGACUCGUUGACAUUUUAGGCACUCCAAAAGUGUAUGCUAAACCAGCACUUUUAAUUUUUGAUCUGCACACGGAUCAAUUAAUCAAAAGAUACACUUUUGAACCAACGGAUCUUAAAGAAGACAGUUUCUUUGCUAAUGUGGUUGUAGAUGUUCGUCCAGAUGCUUGCGACGAUGCAUUUGCUUAUAUUCCUGAUUUGGGAGCCUAUGGAGUAGUCGUUUACUCCUUCCGUGACGAUGACUCUUGGCGAGUUUCCCACAACUAUUUCCAUUUCGAACCACUUGCCGGGGAAUACGAUAUUGCUGGUGUUCAAUUCCAGUGGACAGAUGGAGUUUUUGGUAUCGCUUUGUCCAAACACCAACCAGAUGGUUACCGUACAGCUUACUUCCAUGCAAUGUCUAGCACAAAAGAAUUUGCUGUUUCUACAAGAUUAUUGCAAAAUUCAACCUGGGCCCACAGCCCUGAAGCAUAUCAUGAAUUUAAGCUCGUUGGUGACCGUGGACCAAAAGGACAGAGCUCAGCAAGUUUUCUUCACGAGAACUCAGGAGUACUAUUCUACACUCAAGUUAACAAGGAUGGAAUAGCGUGCUGGAACUCUGGAAAACCAUAUAAUGAGUUCACACAAGGAGUUGUUGCACAAGAUCCUUAUAAAUUAGUAUUUCCAAACGAUUUAAAGGUCGACUAUGAAGAUAAUGUGUGGGUGCUUUCGGACAGGAUGCCUUUAUUCAUUUACAGGGAUAUCAAUCCGGCUGAAGUAAAUUAUAGAAUAUUAAAAGUUUCUGUAAAAGAUGCAGUUGUUGGCACACCGUGUGCAUAACUAUGAGUUUAUUUAUAAGUAAUUAUUACAGCAUGUUAGAUCAAACAUUAGAACAUUUUCAAGACCAAAUCAAGAACAUGUAAAGAUGUACGUAUUAUAACAAAACCACAAAAUAUCAUCACAAUGUAGAUUCACAACCUUCAUCUAUAGUUCAUGAUUGAAUA